AUGGCAAAUAUUGUAAAAAGUGUUUUUAAAGAGUUGGAUGAGGAAAUAUUAUUAGAUGAUGAUAACGUUGAAUUGUCUAAUUCUAGUAAAGAUCUUUAUUCAGAUGAGCCAAAUUUAAAUUUAAAAAUUUCAAAUAUUAUUGAUCUUCAAUCCACAGUUUUUAUGUAUGCACAUUCUAGAGCAAGUUUCGAAGACCUUGACAGAGAUAAGUCUGAUAAUAAUGAUAUGCAAGAAGAUGGAGAAAGUGAAUAUAAUAUAGAUGAAAUUGUUUUCUUUGUAGAAAGUGAAUAUUUGUUUGAUGAGCAAGUUUUUUUAACUCUCUUG